GAGACAUUUCAGUGGACCCCACAGUGACUAAUCAGUUGUGAACGUCCCAUUAUCAUCAUCGAAUACUAAUUAUUUAUAAGAGAGACACACGGGGACAGAGAUAACCACCGCUUUCUGUGAAUAAGAAUGAAUUUACAUCCCAUCAUUUCCAAUCUGUGUGACAUUUUGGGCAAUCAAAAAAAGUAACAUUACAAGCGUUCAUUUGACGUUAGAAUCUAGCGAACGUGAUAGACAGGUGUAACCAGCCAAUCAACGGUCGAGUUUUCCAACCGAUGCUUCGACCACCUCCUUACAGAGCCAACCAACAUUUAGCAGAGGGAGGGGUAACGACAAGAGGGUAGCAACAGUUGCCCCGGUGAAGGCUCGGCGCCAUAGUCACGGUAGUCCUGGCGACAAGAACUAAGCAACGGGAGUCAACAACAACAACCUAAAUCUAAGAGGAAAAAACUUUAACGCCUAAAAAGGACAAAACCGGAACAAACAGUGCCUCAAAGCAUUGGUUGCCAUGGCAACUUCUGGAUACUCCGAAGACCUUCAGCCUCAGCAGGCCAACACAGUAACCAUAGCAACACCUGCUUCCACCACACCCUCAUCCGCAAAGACUGCACACUUCCUGUCCGAGAUCCCACCAGCCUCUGGAACCAUUUCGUCAGCUAACCAGUCAACUGCUGCUUCUAAAACUGGACAGGAUGCACUUUGUUCUCAGGCUCCGCCCACCCAAGCCCAGAGCCAGAAGGCUGUGGUUCUGACUACUCCCACACAGCACUACGUGAACCCUAAUCUUCAGCCUUCUCCAGUCCAGGAGAGUAAUGGUCAAAGCAGCUCACCUCAGUACAUCAUAGUAACAAUUCCAGAUGACUCUGUGCCCUCCAGUGACAGUUUGUCAGACUCCAGCCCGCCCGCCCCUGGUGUACCUACUCAGGUGGUCCAAUCAGUGCAGACCACCCCACAGAGGUCAGUGUUGCAAGCCGUGUCUCAGGCAGCCAAGAGGAAUCAGACAGGCCACGUCAACAAUCUACAGUCUGUGCAUAUAACCCCAGAGGUAGAGCAUGUGUACUCUGGCCAGAUCCAAUAUGUGGAUGGAGCAGGAGAUGCAACUUUCACCACACCCACCAUUCGACCGAACAAUUACCCCUUCUCCGAGUCGCCCCUGUAUUCCCAGACACCUCCUACGUCCGCCUCCACCUUUUACGAGGCCACGCCCAGCUCUGAGUCAGACAUCACUGGAUCUGUGACUUCACAGCCAGUUUCUGUGGCAACAGCAGGAGCCAGCAGCACAGCAGCUGCUGCAGGUGGAGGUGGUUACAUUAUUCAAGGAGGUUAUGUCUUAGGAGCAGGAGGAACUCCAACAGCAGGUGGAGGAGGAGGAGGACAGAGUUACUCCAGCCCCAACUCUCGUGCCCCACCUGCUACCGUGCAGUGGCUCUGUGAUAAUUACGAGGGGGCUGAGGGGGUGAGUUUACCUCGCUGCACCCUCUACUACCACUACCUGCUUCACUGCCAGGAACAGAAACUAGAACCUGUUAAUGCUGCAUCUUUUGGAAAACUCAUCAGGUCUGUCUUCAUGGGGCUGCGUACACGGAGAUUAGGAACCAGAGGGAACUCUAAGUACCACUACUAUGGUCUGAGGAUCAAAUCCGGGUCACCUCUGCUCAGACUGAUGGAUGAACAACAGCACAUGGCGAUGAGGCAGCAGCCUUUCUCACAGAAAAACAGGGUAAAGCCAGUUCAGAAGUCACAGGGGAUCACCAACGGCACAGUAGGCGGGAUAGGUCAACAGCAGGGCUCGACACUUUGUGACAUUUCGGCCCAGGUGCAACAGUACCAGCAGUUCCUAGAGGCAUCAAAGCAAUUGCCAGACUUUGUGGAAAUUGAUCUUCAAGAUCGAACCCUGCCCGAUGGGAUCCUUUUAGAGCACCUCAAGGCCUUUCAGACUCUGUACAGAGAACACUGUGAGGCUAUUCUGGAUGUGAUGGUCAACCUUCAGUUCACUCUUGUUGAGACCUUGUGGAAAUCAUUCUGGAGGUUUAGCCAGAGCAAUGAUGCAGAAACGCUCAACCUACACAACGAGUCUGAGAAGCGACUGCCCAAAUCGUGCCUGGUGGUGCUGUGUAAGUUUGAGCCAGUGCUACGCUGGACGAGAGAGUGCGACAACCUGCUGUACCAGACUCUGGUGGAGAUCCUCAUCCCUGAUGUACUGAGACCCAUUCCAAGUGCCUUAACUCAGGCCAUCCGCAACUUUGCCAAAAGUCUGGAAAACUGGUUGACAGGUGCCAUGAUGAACAUCCCAGAGGAGAUGGUUCGCAUAAAGGUGGUGUGCAUUGGCUCUUUCUCCCAGACGCUGCGUCGUUACACCAGUCUGAACCACCUGGCUCAGGCUGCCCGGGCCGUCCUCCAGAACUCAGCUCAGAUCAACCAGAUGCUCUCUGACCUCAAUCGGGUUGAUUUCAAUAACGUACAGGAACAGGCAUCCUGGGUUUGUCAGUGUGAAGACCGUUUGAUCCAGAGGCUGGAGCAAGACUUUAAAGCGACUCUGCAGCAGCAGAACUCUCUGGAACAGUGGGCUACCUGGCUAGAUAGUGUUGUGUCCCAGGUCCUAAAGCCCUAUGAGCACAACCCUAUGGCCCUGCCAAAGGCUGCAAAGGUUUUCCUGCUCAACUGGUCUUUCUACAGUUCUAUGGUAAUCCGGGACUUGACUCUGCGCAGUGCUGCAAGUUUUGGGUCCUUUCAUCUGAUCCGCUUGCUGUAUGAUGAGUACAUGUACUACCUAAUCGAGCACAGAGUGGCUCAGGCUAGAGGAGAAACUCCCAUAGCAGUCAUGGCAGAAUUUGCCAGUACUGUCAAGAGCCGGACCUCUCAAGAAAUUGAAAAAGAAGAGGAGGAGGAUGACGAUGAAUAUAGUGAGGAGGACACUGGAGAUUUGGUGCUGCAGUCCAGCUCUCUGAGCGCGGUUGAUGAUGAGAAGGAGGUGAUGGAGCCGCCAGUCAAACAGCCCAGGACAAACUUAAGCCUGCACACGCUCAAUGAGACCGACAGCACACCACCUUAGCUAAUCACCUGUACGGUUAGCACAAUGCUUGACACAUGCCUUUGCUUUAAGUUUCAAAUCAUGUCAUCUCGUUCUGUCGCACCAUGUGAGCUUCUGGUUUGCAUGUUUGGUCGUCUGUGGUGAGAAAGUGGGAGGGCCUUUUGCCAAAUUUUCUCUGCUGUACUGUUUGUGCUGCAGCCUUUAUGUUUACCUUCACUUUAUCAUUUCACAGUCCCCCCCUCGUUCCCUGUGCCUUCCCUGCCUUUUCAGUGGCUGCUCCUGCCCAGCCUGAAUUAUAUAUACGCAUAUUCUUGAUUCCCUCCCAUCCCGCCUUAACCACUGACCUGAUUGCUGUGGAGAGAUUCAUUGUCCUCUAAACUCAAAUAUCACUUUAAUUACCUUUAACACAAUGACUAUGCAGGGGAGCUGGACUUGAAUGAAUGAUAUUGUCUGAAAAAUAUAUUUGUUUAAGAGUAGCAUCUAGAAUGAUACUGCAUCAUGAAUUUUUGUUGGCACAUGGACGUUGAGUGAAAGGUAUUUGGCUUUAUAAAUGUGACUCCUUAUUCAUUUGGCCAACUAACUGAUACGCUGUGCCUUUUGAGAGAUUUCUAGGCUUAACAAAAAAAGGUUGUGCUCUAUAUAUUCUGUAUCGGUGGUUCAAUAAAUGAAGGUCCUGUGAAGUA